AUGACGGACCGAGCGCCGUUCAGCAGCCGACCAGCGGGGGCGCCCAUCCUGCCCCCCGAGCCCAUCGACAUCAUCCGCGCCAAGGCUCGCUCCCGCAGGGUCCGCCUCAACGUGGGCGGACUGACGCACGAAGUCCUGUGGCGGACGCUGGACCGCCUGCCCCGGACGCGCCUGGGCCAGCUGCGGGACUGCAACACGCACGAGUCCCUGCUGGAGGUGUGCGACGACUACAAUCUGCCAGACAACGACUACUUCUUCGACCGCCACCCCGUGGCCUUCUCCUCCAUCCUCAACUUCUACCGCACGGGCAAGCUGCACAUGAUGGAGGAGAUGUGCGCCUUGUCCUUCGGCCAGGAGCUGGACUACUGGGGCAUCGACGAGAUCUACCUGGAGUCCUGCUGCCAGGCCCGCUACCACCAGAAGAAGGAGCAGAUGAACGAGGAACUGCGUCGCGAGGCCGAGACUCUCCGGGAGAAGGACGUGGUGGAGGAGGAGCUCGGAUGUUGUCCAGACCAGAGGCAGAAACUCUGGGACCUGCUGGAGAAGCCCAGCUCCUCCGUGGCCGCCAAGAUCCUGGCCAUGAUCUCCAUCCUGUUCAUCAUCAUCUCCACCAUUUCGCUGUCGCUCAACACUCUGCCAGAGCUGCAGGUGGUGGACGAGUUCGGCCAGUUCAACGACAACCCCAACCUGGCCCACGUGGAGGCGGUGUGCAUCGCCUGGUUCACCAUGGAGUACUUGCUACGGCUGCUGUCCGCGCCCAACAAGUGGAAUUUCAUCAAGGCGCCGCUGAACAUCAUCGACCUGCUGGCUAUCCUGCCUUACUACGUGACUCUCUGCCUAACGGAGUCCAACAAGAACGUCAUGCAGUUCCAGAAUGUGCGGCGGGUGGUGCAGAUAUUCCGGAUCAUGCGGAUCCUCAGGAUACUGAAGCUGGCCCGGCACUCCACCGGACUCCAGUCUCUGGGCUUCACGUUACGGAGGAGCUACAAUGAACUGGGUCUGUUGAUCCUCUUCUUGGCCAUGGGCAUCAUGAUCUUCUCUAGCUUGGUGUUCUUUGCCGAGAAAGAUGAGGAUUCCACCAAAUUCACCAGCAUCCCCGCCUCCUUCUGGUGGGCGACCAUCACCAUGACUACAGUCGGCUACGGAGACAUUUACCCGCAAACCCUCCUGGGGAAGAUAGUCGGGGGGCUCUGCUGCAUAGCCGGUGUGCUGGUCAUCGCCCUCCCCAUCCCGAUCAUCGUCAACAACUUCUCCGAGUUCUACCGCGAGCAGAAGAGGCAGGAGAAGGCCAUCAAGAGGAGGGAGGCUCUUGAACGUGCCAAACGGAGUGGAAGUAUCGUUUCCAUUAAUCCCAAAGAGGCUUUUGCACGAAACAUGGAGCUGACAGAUGUGCUGGUGGAGAAGAAGGAGGACAGUAAGUGUCCCGUGGACAACCACCUGUCACCAAGCCGCUGGAGCUACCACAAACGUUACUCCAACGCAGGGGCAGGCAGUCCCGAUCAGCCCAGACACUUCCAGGAAGUGGCUCAGGUGGGCUCCCGUGAAAGCAUCAAGACGUUGCCGAACAAAAGCAGCCCUCAGCAACCUAACGUCCAAGUUCUGGACGACCAGACGGAAAGUCAGGACAAACUCCUGGAGGAGGUGGAGAUGAGCGUGUUGAACCAAGAAACUUCAAAUGAAGGUGCAAGGACAGUCACCGGCACGGCUGAGAGUGGAGAGAGCGGCAGAGAAAGUUCUCUGGUUCCUGGUGUUGGCAGUAGUGCGAGACAACUGCGCGCACCCCCUCCCUUGGAUCUGAGUCAGAUCAGUGCCAAGAGCGCUGACAGUGUCCAGACACUAACACCCCUACAAGAGAAUCCCUACAACUUCAAGGGGAGCAUCAGCAGCUCCUCUGCAGAUUCUUGCAGCAUGCAGAAGCCAAGAGCCCACAAAGUGGACCUGAUUGGCGGACGGGAGGAUGUGCUUAUGACAGCCACGACACCUGUGGCCACCCCCGCCUCCGCCGGCUCAGCCAGGCUUGCCCAGGUCCUGGCGGACGACACGGCAUCCAGCAGAUUUUCUCUCAGCUCGGAAGUUAACCCUCCGCUACAGGCUCUCCUACAAUCUGCGUCCCCGAUGGGCCAAUUAGUUCGUCCGAGCAACUCUGCGGGGGAAGGUGAGAGAUUAGAAGGUGAAGGGCAGCUCACGGGUUUAAGCCGCCGGGGGAGGAAUCACGUGGAGCGCUCAGGCAGCAGCACUAGUCCUCUGCCUAAAGGCGGCGCGCUUAACUGCUCACAGGGACUGCUGACUGCGGAGGGGGCGACGAGGGAGGCGGCACCUAGGGAAAGGCAAGAAAACCAUGUUCUAGACGGAAGUCUGACACCACCCAAUGAAACCAGCAUGUGAGGCCAAAUCCUUCACAAGAGUGGACCUGGAGGGACUGAUGCCAAAUCCUUUGGGGACCCUCAAGCUUCCUUCCCGUCCGGACCAUGGCCUCAUCUCAGGGAGUCACGUGGUCCGACAGUUCUGCCCUGUACUUAGUCGGGGUGUAACGCUACACGUGUUUGGAAUCCCAUCUUUCGGAACGUCGGCUUUGAUACGGAACUUGUGUUUACGGCAGGGGUGUCCAACUGGUUCUCAGUCAAGUCCACGUCGGGCCGCUUGUAACAGCAGAUACUCUAUGAAUUUGAUUAUUAUAAAUAUUUUUUAUGUACACUGUAAAAGACAAGUCUGUAGAUUGUACCGUAAAAAAAACGGAAACUCAGUCACCAGAAUUUUACUGUCAAAUUUACGAUGGUUUUUACUGUAAAUGGAAAACAGUACCACAGUUUUAUUUUAAUUCGGGCAACUGAACGGACAGUUUUUUCUACUGUA